AUGAACAGCACUAAUAUUGUUGUUAAUAAUGGUGAUGCUGAUCAGAUUAGUCGCAUCAAUUUUAUAAACAUGAUUAUUUCACGAUAUGGCAUAGGUAUUAUUUGGUUGAUGGGUAAUAUUGGAUCAGUUUUAACCUGUAUAGUUUUUUAUCAACCUACGUUCCGUAAAAGUGCAUGUUCUAUGUAUUUCACCGCUUCAAGUAUUUCACAAUUACUGGCUUUCAAUUUUGCUUUACUCUAUCGAAUGCUUCAAUACGGUUACAAUGUUCAAACUGUUACCACAGAUCUUUGGUUUUGUAAGAUACGUUACUAUCUCUUCUACGUUCUUAUUGCUAAUUCACGUUAUAAUAUCAUUAUGGCUUCGAUUGAUCGAUAUUUUGCUAGUUCUCGAAGUGCUCUUCGUCGUCACUGGAGUUCACCAAAGAUUGCUCUACGUGUUAUCGUUGGUAAUGCAAUUUUCUGGAGUCUGAUGUAUAUCCAAAUAAUUAUUUUCUAUACGAUCAUAAAUAACAGUUGUCAAGCUCAAUUAGGAGCGUAUGGAAUAUUUUUUAGCAUCUACAUUUCGAUUGAUAGUGGAAUUCUUCCUGUAUCUUUAAUGAUUAUUUUUGGUUUAUUAACUGCCAAUAAUGUUCAUCGGACUGGUAAAACUAUUGCACCGACCACACAGAAUCUCAAUAAUAAAUCUGUUCGACCUGGUAAAAUUUCUAUGAAAGAUGUUCAACUUCAUAAGAUGUUGGUCAAUCAACUUCUUCUUUUUAUAUUUCUCAAUAUACCAAAUCCAUGUUAUCUGGUUUAUCGAGUGUUUACUAUGAAUAAUUACAAAUCGUCACUUCAACUUUCAAUUGAGACAUUCGUCAGUAAUAUGACAUAUGUUGUUCUUUAUCUUGGUUUUGCAUUGACAUUUGCUAAUUUUUUCGUAUCAUCAAAGUUGUUUCGACGGGAAUUUUUAAAUGUCAUUCAAAAAAUAAAAAUAUUUCGUCGACCUAUGCGACUCGUGCUCAUUGAAGGAACAGCAACAACCAGAAAUGGUCUGAGAAGUAAUUCACCAUAG